UUUUUUUAAGCACAUGAUAUAUUUUAUUCUAUUAAUAGUUGCAAUUAUUUAUGAGUUCAAUAAAAUUAUUAUAAUAACUGGAAGAUUGCCUAAUCAUUGUUAUAAUUAUACUUGUUAUAAUGGAUUUUGCUUCUUCAAUACAUGUAUAUGCAAUCCUGGAUGGACUGGAUUGUAUUGUGAAACUUGUUUUGGACGUAUCAAAAUUACUAAAAACAAGGGUUAUAUUUCAGAUGGCACUGGAAAUUAUAAGUUGAUGUCUAACUGUACGUGGGUUAUAACUAAUAAAAAUGAUAGGAAUUAUAAGAAUAGUCAUAUUAUACCUAUUCGGCUUAGAUUAAACUCCUUUUCAACAGAAUGUGGUUGGGAUUAUUUGUAUAUACAUGAUGGAGAUUCUAUAUAUUCCCCUUUAAUUGGAUCCUUUAGUGGAUCAAAAUCAUACCGAAACAUUAGAAAUUUUCCUGAUUUAGUGGCCAAUAGUGGAACAGCAUACAUACACUUUUUCAGUGAUGAUUCAUAUGUAAAAUCUGGAUUCAACAUAUCAUACUGGAAUGGAAAUGAAUGCAUAUUAUCCAAUUGUUCUGGAAAUGGAAUUUGUUCAAAUGGAAAUUGUGAUUGUAAUAAAGGGUGGAAAGGGAAAGAUUGUGAAAUAUCAUGCACUUUACACCCAGAAUGUUAUUAUAUGUACCCCAAUAUAACAACCAUUAAUAUUUCUUCAGAAUACAAAGUUGAUAGCAAUUACCCUUUUAUAGUGAGUUUAUCAAAUGGACCUACAAAGGCUGCUCAUUCACUGACAGACGAUAAUAUGGGAGGCUUGUAUGUAAUUGGAGGUUAUAAUUUUGAUGCUCAAAUUUUUCCAUUUUAUCGACGUAACUCACCAUUUAAAAGAUCUGAUACUUAUAUUUAUCGAUUCGACACAUCCACUUUAAAAUGGACCCCCAUUUAUCAGCAAAUUGCUAAUAUGAAAAAUCCAUUAUUAGGUCAUAGCGCUAUAUUUCACAAGGGUAAAAUUUUUGUGUUUGGAGGUCACGAAAUGAAUGGAAACAUAUUAAAUGAUAAUUUGAGCCCUCUUCAAAUAUAUGACUUGAAAACUAAGCGUUGGAUGACUAAUAGUUAUAACCAUUAUGGUGAUAGAGGUGACAGUUAUAAUAUUACUACAAUUUUUGACGAUGUGUCCAAGUCUUAUUUUGAAUCUAUCCAAAAUCAAUAUAACCAAAAAUAUAAUUUUAGUAAUAAUUACUUUUCAAACUUACAAAAACAUGAGCCUAUUCCGGUAACGGGACAUACCUCACAUCUAGUCUAUCUUACCCGAAAUGAGUAUUUGAUGGUUGUAAUUUUUGGGUACAAUCCUAUUUAUGGUUUUGUACCAUAUGUACAAGAGUAUAAUAUAGAUGACCAAAAAUGGGCAAUAUAUUACCCAAAUAGUAUGGGCCCCAUUAUAAUGGGUAGAGCUGGACAUUCAAGUAUUUACGACAAAGUUAAAAAUCUGAUUUAUAUCUUGGGUGGUGUAUCCAACUCAUAUUAUAGCUCUUUAACUACGUCAUCGUCAGAAUUUUAUGUUUAUGAUCCUUUGCUUCGAAUUUGGAAAAUCUUGGAAUCCAGUCCAUACAAAUUAUAUAUGCAUCAAUCGAUAUCGUUAUUCGGCUUAAUCUUAGUUUAUGGUGGUCAGGCUCAAUAUAAAUUUAAUCAAUCUAGAUUUGCAUGUCAAUCAUCUAUCUUUCUGGCUUAUGAUACAUAUGCAAAUGAAUGGCACACCUUACCUUAUCCUCUGUCACCUUUAAUUAAAGAUAGAAUUGCCCACUCUUCAAUAAUAAUUGACAACAAAUGGUAUAUACAUGGAGGUUUCAAUGGAAUUAUUCUGAACGAUACACUAAUUAUCAAUUUUAAACAACAUCUCCUCAAGUGCUAUCGCCAUAUAUCAGAAUUUAUGUUCAUGCUAACACUUAAAUACAAAACAUUCUAUACUAAUGGGUCUUAUGUUAAUGCAUCAUUGAUUUCAAAGUUUUUACAGUAUCCUAAUUUCAAUGAAACUAAUUUUAUGGACAAAAAUAAAAGCAUAACGCAUUCUUUUAUAAAGAAUAUAAGAUAUAUGUUUAAGGAAUUUUUAGCUCAAAAUACAGACUCAGACCUAGGGACACAAACCACAAAAGAUGGGAACUACGAGUAUUCGGAUAUCUUGAUACCGGUUUGUUUGUUAAGACUUUUAAACCAAGAUUCAUUGGCGAAAGCUCGAAGUCCUUUCGAUCAUGAUUGCGAAAUAUCGACUCAACCCUUUCAUGCUCACCCCCAAAACCAAUCUCGCAGCCCUAAGAUUCACAAAGUUCCUGACUAUUAUAGCAAUUUUUUGCGCAUGGCAGCCUUAUCUCUUCCCUUGUCUUUAAACACGCCAUUUAAAAACUAUCCUGCUUCUUCGUUAUCUCUUUUUGAUGCCCUAUUUAAACUUCAUCCAGUCAUAGAAUCGGGCGCGAACGACUCAAUAAACUUAAAAACAUAUCAAAAUACGGAUUUGCAUGAAUCUCUUGAUUUAAGCAUGGAGAGUCCUUGUAGAAAUAUAGAUGAUUGUAUCAACUGCUUAUCCACACUAUGGGAUUGCACGUGGUGCAUCAACGAUAUUGGAUGUAUACCCCAAUCGUUAUUGAAAGGUGGCAUAUGCCCCUCAACAGUUCCAACGAAUCGCUAUAAAAAUGUCGAUGAUUUUGGGAAUGGGAUUAACUUAGGAUUCCUUUAUUUUCGUACUUCCUUGUCUCAACACGCUAUACGGUAUUACAAUGAAUCCGUUAAGUCGAAUAUAAUUGCCACCCAAAACGUUAUGCAAUGUCCAAUAUUGACCAGCAAAAUUUGUGAAAUGCAUUCCAAUUGUUAUUCCUGCAACAAAAACCCGAUCUGCUUGUGGACUUUUUAUGUUCACUACCGAUGUAUAUCCUUGCUUAUCUUCAAAACCACCUUAUAUAAUUCAUCGUCGAUUAUAAACACUCAACUUUCAUCAAAUCCACCUUCAUAUACCAACCAGACAGCGUCUGAUCAAAGUUCAAACGGAUCAUAUUUUACCGAAAAUAAAAAGAUUCUUCUUAGAUCAUGUAACGCCCCGUGUAAUCAUUAUAGAGACUGUUGGAAUUGCACGAAGCAAAAAUGUCUUUGGUGUUCCACUUUUAGUAAAUGCAUAGAUCCAUAUGUAUAUAGUUUACUUUAUCCUUUUGGCCAAUGUUUCUUUUGGAUUUCCUUACCGUAUAAAUGUCCAUUUCUGUUUACAGAUCCAAUGCAACAAUCAUCUUCUAUUGAUGCCCUCAACUCAAAUGAUAACGAAAUGAAUCCCAAAACUAAUUACAAGUACGAGAAUUCAAUGUUCUAUGAUAUCAAUGAUUUAUAUCGUAACAUUAAUUCAAAUAAUAACAAUUGCCUAUUUUACAAAUCGUGUGUGGAUUGUCAAAAUGACCCUGCUUGUGGAUGGUGCAAUGACAUUAGUAAUACAGGGAAAGGAAAAUGUUUACCAGGAGGAUACAAAGGUCCCGUGAAACCGUAUAUAACUUUAGAAUAUCCUUCAAUAUCAAAUGAUCUCUCUUCCCAUUCUGAGUUUAGCCCAACUUCUAAAAACAAUUUUCUCUUUUCUGUAAAAAAUAAUAGAGAUUAUAAAAAAUGGAACAAUAAUCAUGUAAAUAAAAUAUACGGAGAAGGUUUAAUGCGUUCUAGAAAAGAUAUGAUGGACCAAAUAAAUUUUGAUAGUUUAUCAGAAUAUCAACGUGACCUGGGGUUAACUUGUUCCGUGGAAAAUUGGCAUUUUUUGGAAUGUCCAAUUUGCCGGUGUAACGGUCAUUCAGUUUGUAGUGAUGGGACCAAGAUAUGUGAAAAAUGCCAAAAUAACACGGAUGGAUCCGGUUGCGAAAAGUGCAGCUCAGGUUAUUUUGGAGAUGCUAGAAAUGGGGGAUUAUGCAGAAAAUGUAAAUGUAAUAAUCAUGCUUCUACCUGCAAUCACAUUACCGGAGCAUGCCAUUGUCGAACUAAAGGGAUUAUUGGGACUAAUUGUCAAUAUUGCGACACAAUUAACCAUUAUGUUGGAAACCCAGGUUCUGGUGGUACCUGCUAUUAUACUCUUACGACCGAUUACAUGUUUACCUUUAAUUUGACAAAACCAGAAGAUCAAUAUUACACGGGCAUUAAUAUGAUGAAUCGGCUCGAGAAACCAGAUAACGCGAUAGAAUUUAAAAUAUCUUGUAGUGGACUACCAAAAAUGAAUAUAUCUUAUCUCAGAGAUACUUCGAAUGAGAUGGUCGAGUUGAUAGCAAAUGAAUCAUGUAAAACUAAAUCGAUAGAAUUAAAUUCUAGAUAUUUUACUGUUGGCGCUAAAAAUAUCACUUUUUAUAUACGACUUUAUAAAUUUGAAGUUCCUAUAUGGAUUAUGGUCUCCUUUUCAAAUACCCCAAAAUUAGAUAUCCUUCAAUUUUUCAUAACCUUCCUCAGUUGUUUUUUGUUCUUGUUAUUUGUCGCAGCGGUAUCUUGGAAAGUUAAACAAAAAUAUGAUAUUUAUAGACGGCGACAAAGAUUAUUUAUCGAAAUGGAGCAAAUGGCUACUCGCCCCUUUUCAUCUUUGUAUUUAUAUCUAGAAAGCAAACAUCCUUCAUUUUAUAUUGGAAAGAAAAAGAAGAACAGGCCAACCCCUAUUGCACUUGAACCUUUAAUAGAUGAGUCAUCUGCUGUCUUAUCCGUGAUCGUUAGGUUGCCUACUUCCAAAGAUAAAUAUGGAAAUCCAAUUACACCCCAUGGCGCGAGUGGGUUAGGUCUUGGGAGUACUUUGGUGUCUAUGGGAACUCUUAAUUUAUUUCCAGAUUCAACCCACAAAGCUCAAUACUCUGAUCAAAACUUUGCUAACGACAAACCUGAAGCGACAACUCAUAAACAAUUCCUUAAAAACUAUCUCCAAUAUUUCAAUUAUCAUGGUCCUGACCUUAGUGCUCAGAAUAAUCAUAACAAUCAAAGUUGCAUUUCAAAUGUUCCGAUAUCCAUUCUUACCACCCCUCAUAAUAUCGCACCAGCUUCAAAUUGUUACAAUAAUCAAACGCAAUCACAAAUCCAGCAACAUUCCAAUUGGUUUAGCAAUAUCUAUAAUACUAUUAUAAAUAGCAAUACCAUUCGCAAUAAUUUGAACAGAAGUAACAGCGAAUCAAACAACAAUAUUAUGAUUUAUGACGUGAAUCAUAUUCGAUUUUGGGGAUCUUUAAGGCAUAUAUUCAUCAAUGGAUUUAACAUAAGACCGAGACCACAUCCUAUUUCUAAUCUUGACGAUAAUAUUCAUACGCCAAUACAAAACAAUAAUCAGGUCUGUUUUUUAAAUUAGUUUUUAUAUUAUUCAAUUAUCAAAAAACAGAUUUUGAUUUAGUAGACUAUGAAUUGACCUCUUCAAAAAUCUCAACGCCGUUUAAUUUUCUGUAGAUUUUAUAAUCAUGUUGAAAUUCUUAUUUUAUUAUUUAUUUUAAAAAUCUAUGCAAACAAAAUUAUUUAUUUACCGUAUAUAAUUUAAAUUGAACAUUUUAUAUAAAUAAUUAUAUAAUUAGCUUAAUUUUAUAAUAUCAAAAUUUAUAUAGAUUUUUAUGAUUGUGUA